CGACAAGCUAUGUCUCUUACCUUGUCAAACAAACGUAUUACGCUGUUUUGUACACCAUGUAACUGACACCAUAAACAAAAGUUAUGCUCAAAUUGGGAUUCUUUCCUUGACACGCGACUUCACGCUCCGUAAAACAUGUGCGAUUUAAUUUUACUUGUUUUUCUAAUAGAUUACGUCAGGCACGCAAUAUACGUCGGUAAAUUUUGAAAUAACACCCACAGUGUUUUCGAGACUGUUGAUGCGUGAAACUGCACCAUCCCGACUCUGAGCACGUCUGUUACUACCGGUUUUUAUUCCAUUUGGCCUUCAGUGGCUUUCAUAACGAUAACAAAUGGUAAACACUAUCUUCCUUUACGAUGUUGCGAUUUUCUUGAUUAUCGUCAAGUGAUUCUUUCAACGAUUGUUCACGCGGAAAUUGGCGGCAAAGAGAAGUUUAAUAACUUUCUACUUUUUCGCAAAGUUGCGUUUUUUGUCUAUAAAGAAUAUUAAUAUGGUUAACAAAAGUUGAAAAAUUGCAGUUAAGCGCAAUUACUUGAGAGCCUUGAUUUCCCGAAUGCUAUUUUAUUCCUCAGACUUGAGACAAAAAUUUUGAUAACAGAAAUGCGAGUUUGACGACAAUACGCAUGCGCGGCAUUGUGGAGUCAUUUAUCUGAUAACAUGUUAUGACAUGUUCGGUAACCUAUAAUGUGCUCCUGCACAUUCUCAUUUUUUUAAUCACCCUGAAAUCGACUAUUUGCUUUUAGUCGAUAGAAUCCGUCUGUGUGCAUUGAAAUGUCUAACUUCAAUCACAGUCUUUUAUAUUUUCAUAAUUUAAUUAAUUGAAGUUUUUGAACGACAUGAUUAACGUGAGCGUAAGUCAGCUCGUGAAUCAAGUGGACAACGGUCAAUUCACUUUAUACGUAGAGUGGGAGGAUACGUACUUCAAGAUAAUACUGUUAAGAUCAUGCACGGUGCCACUUAAGGGUGAGAUGCACACCGAGAGCGCCAGUUACUUUCUGGAGCAGCUGGAAGAGCCACUUGAGACUUACUUGGAGAAAACCAAGCAAGCCUUUUCUGGUAAGAACACAGACAUACAGUUCUUCCUCCAAGAUGACACGUUUACGUGGAAACAGCAAAAUAUCCUCACUCGCGGUGAAAUCACAGUGCAUCCGCUUUCGAACGUGUUAAUCGUGUCUGAUACUCUAAAAGAGCUAUUGGAGCGUUACCAAGACUGUCAGGAACGGAUAGUGACAUUGGAGAAGGAGAACGAAUGCCUAAACAAGACCAACGGCAAGCUAAUAACGGAUGUAGAAACAAUGAUCGACAUGAAGAAUAAAAUGGAGAAGGAUCUUUAUGGAAAGUUUCUUUUACUCUUGAACACAAAAAAGGAAAGAAUCAGGGAGCUUCAGAAGAUCAUAGACGGUAACAAACAGGUGACGAAGUCAGCGUACGACGAGACUACGGAUGACGAGAGCGAGGGAUCAAACGGCGGGAGCAAGAAAACGUGUGAUACGAAAAAACGCAAGAACGAGCAGAAAACUGAGCCAAAAAGCAGCAAGAGAAACUUCAAGAGACGUACAAAUUCCUUCUCCAGCGACAGUACGAGCCCCGAGCCUUCGACCAGCAAAGACGAACGAGUCUUACGCAGUACGGAUGCACGUCAUACGAUACAGCCUAAACAGUUGCCCAAUACCCCUGAAGAAGAAUCCGAGGAGGAUUUGUUUUCCCAAUGAUAUAAGUCGAUGCAUCACAUCAAUUAUAUCUCUUUCCUUAAAGGAUGAAAUGAUGCGAUUUAAAUACGUGGAAAGAACAAAUAAUCGUUAUUCAUCGAAUCGUACUUACAAAAUUUCUAUAUUUGCAAUAUUGUAAUAAUCGUAAAUGUACAUACGUUUGAUAUGUACAUAAAUCAGUAUAUGUCCAAAUCGAAUGAUCUAGUCUAACGUUUUGACGAGAAAGUAUUUAAUAUGUCAAAGAAAGAAAUUUAUUAUAUUAUACAAUAAUAGCCUGAUACUAUGUUACAUAAAAAGUUUUGAUUGCAUUGUAUGCAUAUGAUAGCAAUAGCGUUUUAGUUGUAGAGUCAGAUAUAUUUUAUAUAAGUACGUGAUUGUAAAUAUUGCAACUACGAUUGUUUUAACAUAAUGAAUUAAUAUAUUUACACAUUGAUUGAGAAUAUAUUUUACAAAACGUGUGUAAUCGAAUGCAUGAUAACAAAUAAUAAAUAAUUUUCUUAAAAA